GAGAUCGGCCAGCCCGGCUGAGACCACUUAGCGAUGACAAAACAAAAGUUUCUGCUUGAAGGGACGCUCUCCUUGUUCCUGAUCGUGGCCUGUGAAGCUCAGCAGCUGCCAAGAAGUCAUGCUGCUGCUAGUGCUGGUCCUCUGUGCGAGAAGGAGGCAGAGUCCUGGGGAAGCCUUUUCAGCAGCGAGCGGCUGGAUGCCUGGAUCUGCUCCCUCCUUGGUUCCUUCAUGGUGGGGCUGAGCGGGGUCUUCCCCUUGCUGGUGAUCCCAUUUGAGACAGGAGCUGCUCUGCGGUCAGAAGCUGGAUCACACCGUUUGAAGCAGUUGCUGAGUUUUGCCAUUGGUGGCUUACUGGGGAAUGUGUUUCUGCACCUGCUUCCUGAAGCCUGGGCUUACACGUGCAGUGCCACAACAGGAGAAGGGCAGAGCUUUCAGCAGCAGGAGCUUCUGGGUCUCUGGGUCAUCAUUGGUUUCCUGACCUUUCUGGUGCUAGAGAAGAUCUUCCUAGAGAAAGAAGAGAAGGAGUGCCCUGGUGUGGGCUGUGAUUCCAAAGCACCAGCUGGAAAGAUUCCCAAUGGAAGUGGCUACCCUCUGCUGAAGGCGGCAAGUCCAUUGCAAAGAGAAGGAACAGAUUCCACUCAGUGUAAUGGCUCCUCUCUCUGGUCAUGUCCAACAGACAACAGAAUCAAGAUUAGUGGUUACCUCAAUCUGCUGGCCAACACCAUUGAUAACUUUACACACGGCCUGGCAGUAGCAGCCAGCUUCCUGGUUAGCAGAAAGGUUGGGUUCCUGACCACAGUGGCCAUUCUCCUGCAUGAAAUCCCACAUGAGGUUGGAGACUUUGCAAUCCUACUUCGGGCUGGCUUCGACCGCUGGAGUGCGGCCAAGAUGCAGCUUUCCACAGCUCUGGGGGGGAUUUUAGGGGCCUGCUUUGCAAUAUGUGCUCAGUCACCAAAAGGAGCAGGGCAAACAGUAGCCUGGAUUCUUCCUUUCACUUCUGGUGGGUUUCUGUAUAUUGCCUUGGUAAACGUUGUGCCUGAUCUCCUGGAGGAAAAGAAUCCUUGGAACUCCCUGCAGCAAAUUCUGCUCCUGUGUACAGGCAUUACAGUCAUGGUGCUACUCUCGCUCACAACCGAGUGACCUCUGCGCAGACCUCACGAUGCCUCCCAGAGCCACCACAGUGACUCUGAGCUGUUACAAAGCAAUAAGGAACACUAAUGUUACUUCCUAUGUGUGUGUGUGCAGAUCUGGCUGCUAGUAUGAGAAGCAGGUGAGAAAGAGGUCUGGGUGUGCAAGACUUCAUUCCCUGGCUCUCCUAUCCCUGUUCUGCUAAAAUCCACACAUCAGGGCUUCCUUUUGUUGUUGUCGUUUGUUUCUUUUUCGUGGAACAAAAGUUACAGUGAGCAGAAACAAACUGAAGAGCUGCUCCACAGCAAAUGGGCAAUGUUUCAUUCUGUUCAUUCUGAUGGAAC